CCCCUGUGAGGCCGAGGGCACCCCUGAAGAGGAGACCUGUAAGUAGCCUUUGUCAGAGCCCCCCACGGUGGGUUUCUCAGCCCGGGCCACUGACACUCCCUUUCUUCCCCAGGCCCGUGGGUCCCCAUCUGUCACCCCUGCCCUCGCUGCUCUCAGCUGCCCGACACCACUCACCGUGCCUCCCGUUCAGAUGCGUGACCUCCACCACACUGAAGCCGACUUUCACGACCCAAGAGAGGCUGAGGAUUCCGAGGAUGAGCAGGACAUUUGGGUUGAGGAGGAGGAGGGCGCAUCCCCGUUGUCUCCCUCCUCCUCCUCCUCCUCCUCCUCCUUCUCCUCCUCGUCUUCCUACUCAGUCCUGUUCCUGGGCAGUGGCGAGGAGGUGGCUGAUUCUGGGACACCCAGUCCCGCGCAGAGCCCUCAGGGUGUCUGCCCCUCCCCCACAGCCGUGGCAGCCCCUCCCUGGAGCCAGUCGGAAGACAAUGGCCUCAGAAGCCAAGGUGAGGAGGGGCCCAGCACCGGGCAGGACCCGGCAGAUGCCGAGUCCCGGCUCCACGAUGCAUUACAUUUGAUGAUGGUUGACCUGAUGGGCUUCCUGCUCCACAAGUACCGCACAAAGCAGCCGACCUCAAAAGAGGAAAUGCUGAAUGCGGUCCUCAGAGAUGACCAGGACCACUUCCCUGCGGUCUUGAGCCAAGCCUCUGAGUGUCUGCAGCUGGUCUUUGGGGUGGAUGUGAAGGAGGUGGACCCCAGGGAGCACUUGUAUGUCCUGGUCCCCACCCUGGGCCUCACCUACGAUGGCAUGCAGGACGAUGGGCAGAGCAUUCCCAAGACUGGCCUCCUGCUGAUACUUCUGGGUGUGAUUGUCCUGGAGGGCGACUUUGCUCCUGAGGAGGCAGUCUGGGGAGCACUUAGCAAGAUGGGGCUGUGUGCUGGGAGGGAGCACUUCAUCUAUGGGGAGCCCAGGGAGCUCAUCACCAACGUGUGGGUGCGGGAGGGGUACGUGGAGUACCGGCAGGUGGCCAACAGCGAUCCCGCUCGCCACGAGUUCCUGUGGGGUCCCCGGGCCUACACGGAGACCAGCAAGCUGCAAGUCCUGGAACAUUUCCUCAGGAUCAAUAGAAGGGGUCCCAGUUCUUUCCCGUCCCUGUCUGAAGAGCGAGUGAGUGAUGAGGAAGAGGGGGCCUGAGCCAGACUUGCAGCUGGGCUCCUUCUAGGCCCCUGUCCGGCAGCUUCUCCUGCCGGGCAGGAAGUGAGGCUGACUCUUCACUGUGUGUCUGAGGAGCAAGGAGUCAGCAUCCUAAGUAGUGAGGGCCCGGGCCAGUGGGGGGGACACGGUGUACAGCAUCUCUGGGCUCCUGUUCUCUACAAUGAUAUGGAAGUUCAUCUUCAUUUCCUUUAGUGAUGUUUCAGAUGUUAUUCGU